CCGGGGUCCCGCGGCCUCGGGAUCCUCUCAGGGACCGUCCCGGGCCGGGCCGCGACACCGCGGGGACAGCGGCGCUGGGCAGAUUUGGCAUAAACCACAUUACAGGAAGAAAAUGACCCACUGGUUCCAUCGCAACCCUCUGAAGGCUACAGCUCCCGUUUCAUUUAAUUAUUAUGGGGUAGCCACCACUCCAGCUGCAACAAAAGUUUGCAAUGACUUGAGGUUAUCUCGAACACGGCUCUUGGAGCUGUUUACAGACUCAAGUUGUAAUCCAGAAAUGAUGAAGAAUGCAGCUGACUUGUACUUCUCACUCCUGCAAGGUUUUAUCCUUUCACUGGAUGACUCUUCCCAAGAGUGCAAGUUGAGAUACAUUCAGAAUUUCAAGUGGACUGACACGUUACAAGGACAAGUCCCGAGUGCCCAGCAGGAUGCAGUGUUUGAACUGAUUUCCAUGGGAUUUAAUGUAGCUCUAUGGUACACAAAAUAUGCAUCAAGACUCGCUGGAAAAGAAGAUAUAACAGAAGAUGAAGCAAAAGAUGUUCAUCGCAGCCUGAAGAUAGCAGCUGGGAUUUUUAAACACCUGAAGGAAAAUCACAUUCCAAAAUUGAUUACACCUGUGGAAAAGGGAAGAGAUUUAGAAGCUCGACUUAUAGACUCCUACAUAGUACAGUGUCAAGCUGAAGCUCAAGAAGUGACAAUUGCUCGGGCUAUUGAGCUGAAACACAAUCCAGGCCUAAUAGCUGCUCUUGCUUAUGAAACAGCCAACUUCUACCAAAAAGCUGAUCAAACAUUAUCCAGUUUGGAUCCAGCCUAUGCAGGUAAAUGGAGGAAGUACUUAAACUUGAAGAGCUGUUUCUAUAUGGCCUACGCAUACUGUUACCAUGGCCAGACUUUGCUGGCAAGUGAUAAAUGUGGGGAAGCAAUCAGAUCUCUGCAGGAAUCAGAAAAAUUUUUUGCCAAAGCUGAAGCAUUGUGCAAAGAAUAUGGAGAAACCAAAGGGCCUGGGACUACUGCCAAACCUUCUGGACAUCUUUUCUUUAGGAAAUUAGGAAGUUUGAUUAAGAGCACACUAGACAAAUGCCAGAGAGAGAAUGGAUUUAUCUAUUUCCAGAAGGUGCCAGCAGAGGCUCCCCAGCUGGAAUUGAAAGCAAACUAUGGCUUAGUAGAGCCUGUUCCUUUCGAGCUUCCUGCCUUGAAUGCACACUGGACUUCUGAAACAGUUGCAGCAUUUGAUCUCACCAAGAGGCCAAAGGAUGACACGGCUAAACCAAAACCAGAUGAAGAAGUAAAACCUCUGAAGGAACCAGAUAUAAAGCCUCAAAAAGACAGUGGAUGCCAGAUUUCUUAAGUGCCAUAAGUGCUUUGAAGUCACUUUGAAACUCCUAUUCAUAGGACUCUGGGGCUUUAGUUCUGAUCUUUUAUUGAUUCUCCUUUUUACAUUUAGAAGACUAAUUUAAUUUACCUUCGUUAAUAUCUUGCUUAAGAAUGUGGUGGAUUUAUAGGAGGUUAUUUAUAUCUGAUUUAUUUUUGAUUUUAGUGGGAUAUCAUAGAAUGAGUGGGCUUAAAUGUUCCUAUUGUGCCUCUAGGGAGUUUCUUUUUGUGGGUUUAGUUUUACCCACAAAUAGCAAAGGAAGUAUCAUGAUUGUAAUGCUUGAGGAUUUUUCCAUUACUUUAUAUGCUGUGUCAUGUCCAAUUCUGCAAACAGAAGUUUGCACGAACAGUUAUAUUUAUUCAAGUUUUGUCAUUCAGGCUUAGCACUCUGUCGUGUUCCAAUUCACCUAAUUGUAGUGAGGGAAGAAAAUCUGGGUUUGGUUUGUAACACUCCUAUGGUAUUUCACAGGACUUGCACAGAACUUGGGGAAACCUCAAGUUCUUUAUAACAGGAGCACAGUUUAUGUUCUGAAACUAUUAACCUCUAUUCUUUCCUCUGUAGAUUAGGGUUUUUAUAUCAGAAUUUGUAGUAAGGUACCUUA